AUGCACACCCACAUCACCGCCAAGAGCAAAGCUGCCAUGAAACGCAGCGUCCUCGUCGAUCACAAAGCUCCUCCUACCCAGACCCCUAUCGCUCCUCUUCGUCGCUCUACUCCCAUCCUCACCAGAGCCGAAUCUAGCCGUCGAGAGUUCCUCCUUCCUACCCCACUCGUGCUCGUCAACCUCGUUCCCCCCACGCCAGAAAAGAAGCGCAUUCGCUCCAAAGCUAGCGCAGGGCUUGUCCCCUCCAGUAGGGCCGCCCGUGGUGGGCCUGUCGCGAAGGCCUUGGCUGCUGGGCAGAGCUGGCCACCUCGUGCCAUUGGUGCAAGCUGCAGCAAGCAGAUGGAAGACGGGGAAAUGCUGGGUGACACUUGGUUCAGGGAGUGGGCGACUCGCAAGAUGGAGCAGGAGGAGGGGGAGCAGUUGAGGCUCGCUGCUGAGGCUGAGGCUGAGGCCGAGGCCGAUACAACCAUCGUGGUUAUCGAGCAGGACAGUGAAGAGUCCCUCGUCCUUGGCGACUUUGACGACGCUCAAGAUGAGGAGUCUCUGCUCGUCCUCGCCAGUGAUGACGACACAACCAUGCCCAGCUGCGAUGCCAGCUGCGACGCUAGCUGCAACGCUAGCUGCGAGGAGGCGGAUCUUGGCUUCGCCCUUCUUGACGACGAUGAGAUGGUGGAUGCGUCCUUCGAUCUCAUCGAGGAGGAUGAGAAGGCGCAGCGUCUUGCCAGCGAUGACCCGAAGAGCAGACAGCAGGAGGCUUCUCUUGAAGAGCAAGAGCAGCAGGGAGCCCUCAAGCCGAUGAAGAGGAAGCAUGAGCAGGAGCACGAGGAAGAGGAGCAGCGCCGCGAUCUCACGGAGCUCUCGCAGGCAGCGCCCUCUUCCCCACCUGUCUCCCUCUGGCCCUCAUCCUCAUCCAAGCCUGGCUGUCUCCACACCGAGCUGCUCUCCAUCCUCGCCCACCUCGCCGAAACCCGCUCCAUGCUCGCAGCGCACCAGGAGGACCAGCAGGCCAAGAAGGCAGUGGAGUUGGCUCAACUCAAGAGGUUGAAUGCCGCAGAGGAGGAGAUGGAUAAGCUGUGUGCUAUCCUGUCGAGUAGGCCGGGGCCGAAGGCUCCGUGGAAGAAGAGGGAGGAGGAAGAGGCGAGGAAAAGCGGUAGACCGCAGCAGCAGGCAAGGAGGAGGAGCGAGCGUCUACGAAGAGGCGGGGACAGCCUCGUAGCUAUCACCCCCGCCGUAGACGUCAUUACCUCACCCGCCGCUGCUCUUGCCGCGCCCAAACCAACGGAGAAGCCGGCCCGCAGCAACAAGAGGAAGGCAAGCGGCGAUGCGCUCUUCAGCUUCAGCAUCGCCAUUCUCGUAGCCUUUGAGCCUGGCAUUCGCUCCCGUAGCUGCCUCCGACGCGAGAGAGAAUCUCUCUCAACGAUCGUGCGGCACGACUUCGUCAUCAAGGGGCCGAGCGCGAUGGCAGAGGACAGGACUGCACGAGCGGAGAAGGGCGAGAAGGAGGGAGUAGGGCUCCCAGGCCUGCAAGCUCAAGAGAGCGAGUCUGCGCUGGUGAAGAAGUGA